AGUUGCAAGAUCUCCGAUGAAACUAUUGAAUAAAAUCCGAGCAUGACUGAUUAGACGGAAUAUCAUAUAGAAUAUGUUCAAAUUUUCAGUUUCUUCUGUUCCACCGGCGAGACCGAAGAAAUGUAUUAAAAGUAGACUUUGGAAAACUGGACCUUUUUCUUCAGAAAUUGUUGGCUUUAUCUGGUGUGUUUCUCUGACGUGGAACAUUUUAUGCUGAGAUCAUUGACUAAUUACUGCUUUAUACGGAAAUAUAGUUUUGGUUCGGCUGGUGCGCGUGUGGAACUGACGGAUCUUGAGCAUUUUGUUGAACGCUUUUCAGAGCUGUUUGGACACCAAAAAUGAAACUUAUGUUUCUUGUGUAGAUAUUAUUUUUUCUGUUUUUAUUCUCAAGCUUUUACCGCGUGAAAAAAAAUAUUUGCAGUGUCGUUGCGCAUCUCCAAGCGCGUAUUUUGUUCGACCACAAAAAGCGCGCACCGCUUCAACUGAGGACUAGAACUGAAUCCAAUGUAGAACAGUGCGCUUUCUUAUUUACAGGCUGUGAGUACAACACGUUUGUCUUGUGCUGAUAUUAAUUUUGUUAAUAAGGACAGAUUCUGCAGUUAUGCUUAUUUAGUUUAACUUCAUUCUUUACGCGCUGGCGAAAUAGUUUUGCAUUAGUUAUUUAUUUAUUUUAUUUUUUUUGGCAAGACGCACGAUUUUUAUGCUUCCGAAAUAUCUGUAUUUUAAGUCAUGGCUUUAUUAUGAGGUUUGCCAAGGGCCAUUGCCAUUUUUUGCCAUAAAGAGCCCAUUUUCAAAUUCCGCUGAUUAUCUAAAAUGAACAAUGUUUUUGGAAGGAUUAAGCUAGUGAACAUUGAGAUACAAGUCUACAUCAACACAUCUGUAUUUCUCUGUUUGUAUUGGAGUUGCUUAGAUAUGACCAUGAUGUCCUCUCCAGAGAGUUGGAUAACUUUCAGUGUUGGCAUUAAAAUAUGCAACCACACCAUCCCAGAAUGUCCUCCUUACUCCCCCGAAGCCACCGCUGCAUUUGCCACAGCCAUGACACUCAUAAUGCUCUUCACCAUCUUCGGGAACGUUCUGGUGAUCAUCGCCGUCUUGACGUGCCGUUCUCUGAGAGGACCUCAGAACCUCUUCCUGGUCUCCCUGGCUGCAGCUGAUAUCCUGGUGGCCACCCUCAUCAUUCCAUUUUCCCUGGCCAAUGAGCUGAUGGGCUACUGGUAUUUUGAAUCGGUUUGGUGCGAGAUUAUCUUGGCUUUGGACGUGCUAUUCUGUACGUCGUCCAUCAUGCACCUGUGCGCCAUCAGCUUGGACCGCUACCUAUCCAUCUCGCGGCCGGUGCAGUAUGCCACCCAGCGCACCCCUCGCAGGAUCAAAGGAGCCAUCAUGGUGGUGUGGCUCAUCGCCGCAGUCAUAUCUUUCCCCCCAUUGGUGUCGAUGAAAAAGACCCAGUGGUCAAAAGAUGGCAACUACUCAGGCUGCAAACUCAAUGAAGAGGCAUGGUACAUCCUCUACUCCUCCAUUGGGUCAUUCUUCGCCCCAUGCCUCAUCAUGAUCCUGGUGUACGUUCGAAUCUAUCAGAUUGCCAAGAAGCAUACCCGAUGUCCUCCAGGGGAGCCCAGGAAGGAUGUCGUAAGUGCCAUCCCACAGGGUAUCCAAGGAGAGGCGCUGCAGAAUGGCAAAGAGCAAGGAAGUGUGGCUCCGAAUCUGUCUGUCCAAUCCUCUACCCCGCUGACCUCCAGAGCCGAAACUUCCACAAGUCAGCCUCCGCUUCCUCCAGCUGAGAGUCGGCAACAGAUAAAACACUCACAGAGACACAAGGACAACAACAACGAGGACAGUUCAAGCUCUGGCUCAGAUGUAGACAUGGUGGGGGGGCAAAAUGCCAAUGGGACAUCCUCCAAUGUGGGGAAGCUGGAGCCAGGACACCAAGCUUCCUCACCGAUUCAAACGUACAAGGACAUUACCGCUACACCAGAGGGCAGCCAAUUGGCCUCUUCUAACAUAAAACCAGCAGGGACUCCAAACGCCAGGAGAAAGGCCAUGAUUGUUCGGGAGAAGCGUUUCACCUUUGUUCUUGCGGUUGUCAUCGGAGGAUUUGUCGUCUGCUGGUUUCCGUUCUUCUUCAGCUACAGUUUGCAGGCCAUAUGUCCAGAAACUUGUAAACUGCCUGAACCACUUUUCAAAUUCUUCUUCUGGAUUGGCUACUGCAACAGCGCUCUUAACCCACUCAUCUAUACCAUCUUUAACAGGGACUUCCGGAAGGCUUUCAAAAAGAUUUUGUGUAAAAGAUCACAGCACAAGAUCGUACUACUGUCUCUCUGAAGAUGGUCUUACCUUCAGUAUGUUUGUUGUGCUAACCUACCAGUGUACUUUCAAAGACAAUGCAGCUCUUUUUUGGAGACAGAUCUGGCUCUGCAUUGUGAGAUCCCAUAGCUGGAGCUGAGAAGCUUUCAGAGAGAUUCACCUCCCUGGCAAAGUGCUGCGAGCUCUUAAAGCCCAAGGGAGACUUUCCAUCUCUGGGGUGCAAGAGAAAAGGAGAGAUGUAGAGAAAGAUAUACAACUCUAUUCGACCUUUAAAGGAAUAGUUCAUCAGGAAAUGAAAAUGUAGUCAUCAUUUACUCAUCCUCAAGAAGUUAAGGACACAUGACUUACUUUCUUCAGUGGAACUCAAACGGAAGUUUUGAUAAAUAUACUGGUCACUCUUUUCCAUGCAAUUACAAUGAAUGGGAACUGGAGCUUUUAAGCUGCAAAACGGAUGCAGAAGUAUCAUGAAAGUAUUCCAUUAAGUUAUGCACCAUAUUCAAAGACUUCUAAAGGUGUUUGAUUGCUUACUGAAUGUCAGUCGUCAUGCACUGAAACUCUUGACUGACAUCUGAUCAUGAGAGAAGUACUGUAGCAAUGUCUAAUUCGUGAAUGAAUUGUUUUUUUAAGUCAAAUCUUUUCAAUUUAUCUGUUGAUCUGGUUCACAAAAACAGUCUGAAUGAUUCAUUAACUAAUAAUACAUUGUCAAUUAUGAACUUGCUAAAGCCUUUUCGGAUGAACUAUUCUUUUGAAAUUUAAUCUGAACAUCCUCUGCUUACAAUAAAAAAGCAUGGCAUUGACUUCUGUUUCUUUAUCUGACAGUUUUGGAUCUUUUCCAUAUCGAAGAUUUAAUUAAUGAAUUACAGAUUUCCUGAAAUCCAGUCUCAAGAUGAAGGUCUGCUCAGACUCUCUAUUGUAGUUUAAUUUGAUGGAUUCUGACAUUGGAAAUGGACUGAAAAUGAUGGUUGGUUUAUCAGAGCCUCUCCCAGUGUCUUUGUGUGUGUAUAUAAGAGUGGGCAAUUAUAUGUAAAUGAAUUAUGCACCAAUGAAUGCUUCUUGAUUUGAUUUGUAUUAUUUUUGUGCCCUCACAAGAAGGCUCGUGCACUUUUGAUUUGCUUUUAAAUGAUAUUGGUCAGUGUGUGUACGCACAGAUACUGUAAGUGGAACUAGGCAUGGACCAGUCUUCUGACUGUAAUGCUGCUUUUCUAAAUUUGGUUCCAUUUAAAUUAAUUGUUGCCAUAUACCAAAUGUAUUUGUAGAAAUGAAUUAACAUUUCAGUCUUUAAGUCUGCAUAGUUUGGUGAGUAAUUUCACUGUAUCAAACCACUCACACAGAGUAAGCCAGUGGCCAUUGUAAGUGUAUGAUUGCUGAAUGUUUUAAAAUAUUCAUGAUGCUGUUGUGGGAAUGUUGUUCUCUCUUAUGCAUAUCUGUUAUGCAGCUGCAUUAUACUAUUUAUUUUUUUUAUUACAUGAAUCUUAAAAUUUAAUUUGGUUUGCAUGGUCCGUUGUCAUUUUCUCUGGGAUCUGUUGAAUACAGUUAGUGUGUUAACAUGCACAGCAAUGCGCUGAUCAAAAAUCACUUUAUUAAAAAAAAAACAACAAAAAAAAAAAAACAACAACAUAAGAGUCCCACGUUUACAUAAGAGUUGAAAUCAUUGAGUCUGGCAAGAGAAGCAAUUUCCCACACACACAUCAGGAUUUAUAAAAAAAUACAACCGUCCGCACACUCUUGACACUGCGUUUUAACUCUUACUGGUGUGUGCGAAUAACCGACUCCAAACAGACAAGUAAUAAACUGAAUAGACUGAUUGCAAACUCACCUUUUCAUUUUAUACACCACAUUUAGAACAGUAUGAAGUAAAGCACUCAAAUGAGAAGUAAUUGUUAUCCAUGCAACAUUUUGCAGUAUAUUGUAUUAAUAUUAAAUAAUGGAAAAGACAUUAAAGGAAUAGUUCACCCAAAAAUGAUAAUUCUCUUAUCAUUUACAUACGCUUAUGCCAUCCAAGAUGUGUAUGACUUUCUUCUACUGAACACAAGUGAAGAUUUUUAGAAGAAUUUCUCAGCUCUGUUGGUCCAUACAAUACAAG